CACUCUGAGGAUUCGUGGUCAGAGGAAGAGGAAGGGGAGGUCAGUGACGAUGAAACUCCCCGUCGACCACCAUGUCGACAGUCGUUCUCGACCUUGAGUUCAGAAGGGGUUUUCUCAGAGGAAGACAACACAAGUGAGAUCUCCCGUGACCGGGACGGGAGUGGUGACGGGGGUCUUUUGUCCACGGGCAGUGCAGAGAACCUGCAGGCAGAGCUGGCCAAGUGCACCUGUGUGUCCGACGGUCUCUCCGAUCGGGAGAACACUGUGCGCAAAAUGAAGGAUAAAGUCACUUCUCCUGAUCGGAUCUUUGAGAAAUCAGACACAGAAACAAGCACAGACUCUGAUGAGUGUUCAGACAUGACUGUCUCGUCCACCAUACACAAGACACGCUCCUACGAAUCUAGCACACAGUGGUAGCGCUGACAGGACAUAGAAGGUCUAGAAGAACUCUUCAAGGAUUAAACGCUGUUUUUUGGACCCGUUAAUAAACACUCCUAGACAGCAGUGCAGCUCUACAGCAAAGUAUGGCAGUUAUUGUCUGCUCUAAACUUCAGCUGUGCAACAUCGAUGUCCCAGUACUUGUUUUCUGUCCAUAGCACCAACAGUAAAAGUGUGUGUGUGUGUGUGUGUGUGUGUGUGUGUGUGUGUGUGUGUGUGUGUGUGUGUGUGUGUGUGUGUUUACGUGUUAUGGUCUUGAGGAAGCACAGUCCAUACACAGGAGCACCACAUUGACAUAUGGAUACUGCUGUAAAGUACAUAGCGAUAGUACAUAAUGAAAGUACACAACGAUAGUACAUGUGCAUGUAUCUAGUGUGUGGGUCACAAAAAGUUACAGUAAAUUCCUAAAACCUUAUGCUGGUCUCGUGGCUUUUGUCACCGCCGGUUUUCCUUUUUGGAUACUACAACUCCGUACAAGAAGUGAGCACAGCAUUUACUGAACUGUUAUUUCAUGGAAGAUUUCUAUUACAAGGAUUGCGUAAAGUGUUUGUUUUUUUGAGCAGAAACAGUGUUCUUCGUUCCUCACACAAAAAAACGCAUGGAUCCUUGAUCGAGCAAAAUCUGUGUGCUCCAUAUUGCGAGUCAAGCUUUUUGUGUUAUGACUACUGGGCAAGAACUGCAUGCACCAUACGUCUACAGCUCAUCUGGAGCUAGCAGUCAACAGUGCCAGUUUUUCUCCAGGUUCACUCAGUCACACAAGGUCCAUCAAUGUCGCUAUGAGUUGGCUCUGGGAUCUAUGAGAGAAUUGUCACAACCACAACCUUCACUACUGACUAAAUAUGUGGCUACAAACAAAAAAUUGCAGACUCAAAGAAGAUAAGUGGAUCUUCAUGGUCUUCAUCUACUGCAAAGCUGUUGUCCCAGACCGAAAUAUGGUGUGAAUGACUAUUGUCAUCAGGACUCCAUUUCAGCUGAAAUUUGGUGCGGAGCAACCCGUUUAUGGUCGAAUGUGAUGUAAAUUCCAGUCGCAGUCUUUUUACUGUGACAUAAGUUGUCCUUGUAUUCUCGCGAAAAAGUGAGGAUAUUUGACUCUCAUUAAUAUGUAUAUAUGUAUUGAAGAAAAAAUGUGUUUUCAUCAAAAUAGCAGCCCCAGUGCUUGCAUUGUGGGAUGGUUGGGGACUUCCUGGAGUAAAAGCAUAGAAACUUGCUUCUGAUGGAGAUCGUGGAAUGGCCUGUGGUUCUGGUUCCACUGAUUAAAGACCAUGACAGACUCAAACUCUGGUCAGCUCCUGUGCUGGUUACAUUCUGAACCACACAACCCAUGGACUGUCACAAAAAGUCAAUUCAGUUUGUGGCUUGUAGAGAAAGUGUUGUUAGUCAUAAAAUGUUUUAAAUCUUUUCCACAUAUGGUUUAAAGGAAAGGUUUACUUUACUUCUGUAUCUUAUGUAUUUCUUUAAACAUGCUAGGUAGCGUAGGUCUUCUUUUCUUCAAUAACAGUUCUUCAUCUUGCAAGUUGGAAUUGUUCAAUAUCAAAAGUGCUCCAGAAAUUAUGUGUCUUUAUUUUCAGAAAAAGCUGCUGGGAGUCUUUGUGCUUUCUAUGCUUUCAUGUCAAACAAGUUUAAUUCCAAAUCGUGUAUGAUGAUGGAGUGAAUUUGAAAACAAAAAUGACUUUUUAGUGUUGGAGGAUACUGAUACAUGUUUUUAUAGUGGUGUUAACAUGAUUUAGCAGAUAUCAACACUUUAGAUCUGUGAAAUGUAUUAGGCCUUAGUAUCUUUAAGCUCUUCUUUUCUCAUGAUCAGAGAUCAUCGCGAAAGUGCCUGAAUAUGAUCCAAAUUCAUGCCUAUUUCAACAAAGGCUGCUGGGAUCUUGGAUACAUCAAUUGUUCUCAGCUGGGGAGGUCAUGUGGUGGGUGGUCAAGGCCAUUGCAAUUUCCUGGUCCUCACACUGAGUUCAGGAAUACUUUGUAGUGGAAAUAUAGUUUUCACGCGCAAGUUACAGAGUAGAACGACUGGGUAAUGGUCAAAUAAACAGAAACAACAAAGAGAUAAUGAAGAAGUAAGACCGGUCUCCGAUGUUCUCCAGUGAACUCUGUGAUGGUUACAGCUGUGGAAAGGGAUCAGGGCUGAAGCUUUAGUACAAUGGAGAUGAUUUGCUCAUAAAGGAAGGAGAACAGUAGCUACCAUUUACUAUGUGAAUAAAGUCCUGGCUGUUGAUUGAGUAUGUGGAUGUAUACAUUAUAAUAGUAUGUCUUAGAAAUACUCAGCUCUUUUCUAAUUUCUUUUGAUUCCUAUUUCUGUUCUCUCUCAUGUCCUGUUUCUUCUCUAUUAAACAGCUAUUUGUUGAUGCAGAGUAGUAAGUACAGAUAGUAAUAUUCCAUUGUCUCUUGGUAAGGCAAGAACUGAGAGGUUCUAAAAUGUUCAUCUUAAGCUCCUUGAAUAUAUUUUACGCUGACGUGAUAACAUCACCGACUAUCGUAUGGAAAGAAAAAGUUAUUUUUGGUUCAUAUUUUUUUCACAUUGAGUGAGAAUUGUAUGACAAAAAGUAAAGGGUCAGAAUAGUUUAUGGAGUAAUACGGAAGUAGUCCCAAGUCAAAAGUUAUUUAAAUUUGUUUUGUUAUCUUUUGUUACCUCAAAAGAAAACUUUCCCUGUCAGUGUUUAGAAAUGUAACUUGAAGACAUAAUAUGCACUAUUUUUUCAACAUCUAUAAAGGACCUUUUUUGACAACUGGCCAACAAGAAAACUUGGUUGUGCAUGCUAUCAUUGAAACAAAAAACUCUCAAUUUGUAUCGGGGGCUCUAAAAUGUUUGAGGUAUCUUUGAGUCUUCCCGUACUUUUGUACUAUCAACGGCUGCCUGAGCUCUCGGACAUUAGUAAAAUUUGUGCUGAUACGUUGUCAAAUUUUACAGCCUUUGAAUAUGCUUGUUAUUUUUGACUGUAGGUCAGUCGUGCAUGUCUGUUGAUUCAAGAGAUUUUGUCGAAUAUAGCAGAAUCAGUUAGGGUCAGAGUUUUGAAGCCGGUCCUGAAAACAAGUCACUAUUUCUUAUGUAAUGGGAACUGCUUGUCUCACCGUCAAUAUUUCGGUAAAGUUCAUUAACAUAGUCAUCUUCUUCAUAACUGAAAGCAAGUGACACUUGAUUCAUUGUCUUAUUUUGUGAUAAAUUGAAAGAAAAAUGUUUGUUUAACUGUAUUGUGACAGGGUAUACACGUAUAUUCCUUGGUUUUGAAGUAUUUAAUUGCUUGAAUUUUGGAGCCAAAAUAAUUAGUCUGUAAUCUCAAGAUUUGGUAAACAUUUCCUUUCUAGGACAAGUUCCCAACAUCUGAAGAGUUUCUCUAAAGACUGAACAAGGUUGAAACUGUGAGCUAUUGUGACAAACGUGAUAUUCUGAAGUAUUUGUGAUAGAUCCAUCACCACAAUUGUCAUUCACAUUUAGACAUGUUAGGUACACUCGGAUUGUUGAUCACAAGACUUCUUUUAACAUUAUGAUUUAACCCCCUCCCUCUCUCCCCACUUUAAAAAAAAAAA